GUCGGCCAUAUUUGCAGCCAAUAUGAAGGUUGUCAAUGCCAAACAAAGUGUGAAAAUCCCUGAUGGGGUGAAAAUAAGUGUUAAGGCUCGUAAGGUCACCGUAACUGGUCCCAGAGGUACACUCCGACGUGAUUUCCGCCAUUUGGAUGUCGACAUGAGAAUGGAUGGCAAGAGCAAAAUCAUUGUUGAGAAAUGGUUUGGAAUCCGUAAAGAAUUGGCUGCAGUCAGAACUGUUUGCUCUCACAUAACAAACAUGAUUAUUGGAGUUACUAAGGGUUACCGUUACAAGAUGAGAAGCGUGUAUGCCCAUUUCCCAAUUAACAUCGCCAUCACUGAGAACAACACAGUAGUUGAAGUGCGCAACUUCCUGGGAGAAAAAUUCACCCGAAAAGUCAGCAUGUUGCCAGGAGUGACAUUUGUCCCAUCAGGAGCCCAGAAGGAUGAGUUUGUUCUGGAUGGUAACGAUAUCGAAGCAGUCUCAAACUCAGCUGCUCUUAUCCAACAAUGCACUAAGGUGAAAAACAAGGAUAUCAGAAAAUUCUUGGAUGGUGUCUACGUAUCACAGAAAACAAACAUUGUUGUAGCUGAAGAGGACUAAACUCUAAUUUAUCUGUGAAUACAAAAAUAAAUAAAAACCCAGUUAUUAAACGAGAAAAA